AUGGCUGGGGGGCGGCGGGCGGCCGGGCUCGCCCUGAGCUGGGGCUGCUGCCUCCUGCUCUGCUGCGCUGCAGCCAGCAAGCUGGAGGUCUCCAUGCCAGCGGUGGUUGAAGUGGAGAGCGGGGGCACAGCCAGGAUCGAGUGCAACUUCUACAUCCCUGGAAAUGGUUCCUACACCUACAUCAACUGGUCCUACAUCGACCGCAACAACCGGGUGAGGCUGUGCCGCAUCACGGGCAGCGAGAUCCUGGAGGAGAACACGGACUACAAGGGGCGGCUGUCAGUGGGGGAGGACAAGGCCCUCUCCAUCAGCAGGGUGACAGUGCAGGAUGCCAGGACCUUCGUGUGCCAGGUCGGGGCAGGCAGCCACGGUGUGGGUGAGAACCACACCGAGCUCCACAUCUACAAGAUCCCCGAGGCCCCUGAGAUCAUGGCCAACCCAGGAGGCAUCUCCGUGCAGAGCAGUGACAUCCCGCAGAUUGCCCAGUGCGUGAGCAGGAACAGCUUCCCGCCCCCCAACAUCACGUGGCACAAGAACGGGGAGCAGCUGCAGCCGGAGGAGAAGAUGGUGAAGAUUCCAGCCACACUGACCCGCGAGUCAAGCGGGCUGUACACGGUGAGCAGCACCCUCUUCGCCCACGUCACCCGGGAGGACCGCAACUCCUACUACCACUGCACCGUGCACUACUGGCUGCGGGGACAGAGGCGUGCCGUGGAGUCGCGGCAAGUCAACGUCACCGUCUUCUACCCCGCACAGCACGUGAAGCUGCAGGUCAUGCCAUCCUCGGCACUGGUGAAGGAAGGGGACGACGUGAAGCUGGUCUGCGAGGCUGACGGGAACCCAGCACCCGUCUUCAGCUUCUAUAAAAGAGAGCUGGACAACAGCUGGCAGGACCUGACAUCGCUGGCAGACACCAACAGCGGGGUGCUGAACCUGCACAAUGUUAGUAAGAGCAGCAGCGGCCUGUACAGAUGCCAGACCCUGGACUUGGAUGAUAUGGGACAGCUGGAGAAGGAUGUGGAGCUUGUUGUGAACUACAUUGAAGGGGUCCAUGUGAAGAUGGAGCCAUCCUCACCCCUUCAGGAAGGGGAUAGCGUGAGGCUGAGCUGUGAUGCCCACAGCCCCGUGACCCUGGACUACCAGUGGAGGGAUGAGAAGGGCAGGAAGGUUGCAGAAGGGAACCAGCUUUUACUGAGCAACCUCACCUUCGAAACCUCCAGCAACUUCAGCUGCAAGGUGAUUGCACCAAGUGUGCCAGGGCUGGAGCAGAGCAAGCAGGUGGCCGUGGCUGUUCAGGGGAAGCCACGGAUCGUCGCCAUCAGCUCCCCACUGUACGUGCGGCAGGACGAGGUGGUGAACUUGACCUGCAAGGCCAUCGCUUUCCCCAGGCCCUCUGUCCACUGGAAUGUCAACGGGACGGCUCAUGAGUACAUUGAAAAUCAGCACGUCGCCAGCAACCUGACGGUGCGCGUGAACCAUGACCUGCUGCGGGCAGGAGCCAUGUGCAGGGUCUCCAACGCACUGGGUGCCAGUGAGGAGCACAUCCAGCUGCUCGAUCAAAAGACAUCAGAGAGCAAAGGGGUGAUCAUUGUGGCAAUCAUCGUCUGCAUCCUCGUGGUGGCUGUGCUGGGGUCUGUCAUCUACUUCCUGCACAAGAAAGGCAAGAUCCCGUGUGGCCGCGCUGGGAAACAGGACAUCACAAAGCCAGAGGCACGUAAAGACAAGAUUGUAGUUGAAGUUAAGUCAGAUAAACUUUCCGAAGAGGCGGGGCUCCUGCAGGGUGCAAACGGCGAGAAGAGACCUGCCGCUGACCAGAGCGAGAAAUACAUCGAUUUGAGAAACUAGAGAGGGAAUCUACUAAGUGCUUUCUUCCUUCAAACCUUUCCUGCUCUUGGAUUGCCUUGUCCCACCCCUGCUCCAGUACCUGGGGAGCACGGCCAGAGACGAUUACUGCGUCGCAGUGCUGAGCCCCAACGCGCGGGGGACACCCCCCUGACUCACCUGUCCGUUACCUCAACUCUGGGCUUGCAGGUUGUCGACUUAGCAGCAGCAAAGCUGGACUUGCUUACUACUACAGAGAAGCCAACAGCAAUAUUAGAAAGAAAUACCCCAUUAAGCUACCUGGUGGAAGGAUUUGAGGCUUUUUCAGGAAAUCUGUCCUGUACGUGUGUGGGAAGGUUUUGAUGUGUUUUACCCCAGACUUGCUCAGAAAAGCUGGUGAAAUUUUACUUUUACUUUUGGGAUGUCCCAGGCACCUUAGAUGUAGUGGUGUGCAGGUUAGAUGAGCAAAGAAUGGAAGUGGUGUGUUAGAGCGGCGUUUGCCAGCUGCUGGGGAGGUCUUAGUGCUUUGCUUUUCCUUCUGAACUGUUCUUGUCUUGUUGGUUUAGCCCAGCGUGUCCUGGCGGUGCUGUGUGGGUAGGGAGCUCCACGACGGGUAGCUGUGAUCCUACGGGAGGCAAGUACCUGGCAGAGCAAGGCAGGGGCGCCCAUCUCUCAAGCUCAUGCCAGACCAAGGGCUUCCGUUCUCUGGUCUAUAGUGUAGCCUUGCUGAGGUGAGAGGGAGGGCUUCUCUUUCCCCACUCCCCAUGGAAUUGGAUUGCUUGUAGGGGGGCUGCACAGCUACUGGCAACAGCGGGUCCUGGAGCCCCCCACAAAUGUAACACUAAGGAACAUUAGGCCAGGGCCAGUUGGCGAUGUCUCAGGGGUUUUUUUGUGCUGAACAGUUACCAGCCCCAGGUAAAACUUUUUAUUUCUGUGCUUCGGUGGCACGUCUGGCCCCACAGCCAGGCUGGUGCUGCAGCAGCUGAGUGGUGGAGAGGGGAGACGGGCAAGCAGCCUGCCUUUAGCUUCUGCUGUCAGCGCCUGUCCCAGCCCUCUGCCUGAAACAUGGCUUUCCCUCCUGCCUCCUCUUAGAGAGGUCGGUCCCCUGCAGCCCCCUCCUUCCUCUAAGUCAUGUACUCUCAGUGCUGUGCUGUCCACAAGCCUAUCACGCCCCCAGCCCUUCGGCAAGGGGCUGAGGCUAACCCUGGGUGACAGGAGAGGUGUCCCCCCGCGCACCCCCAGCAUCCUCUGCCAGUAGCAGGGAGCAGUGCAGCAGCCCGGUGGCCAGCGCUCUAACAAGCGGUGAGCUAUACUCGUGAGCUACAAGUGUUGUCGAAGCAGAAGCUUUGGUUUAUAUAUAUUUUUGUUGGAUUGUGUGUAAAUUUCCAGAAGUUUUGUCUGAUACUUGCAAGGUUUUUUUUAUAUAUGUGAAAAUAAAGUACAAAGUUCAAAGCCA